AGCUGAGAGUGAGACGGUGACGAUUACAAAGAAAUUCGACAAACCAUCACCACCGCGUGCUCCAACGGAAGUAUUCGGUAUGUCAGAUACGGCAUUUACACUCUCAUGGGAACCUUCGGAAAGCGAUGGUGGCUCAAAGAUUAUUGAAUAUAUUGUCGAAAUCAAAGAAUUCCAUGAAACCGUAUACCGAUUACUUGGUAGCACAAACGGCAAUGUUACAAAUAUACUGGUUAGUGAUGUAAUAAAGGAUCGGGCUUACCAAUUUAAAAUAUAUGCCAAGAAUGAAGUUGGCACUAGUGAGGCGCUUGAGACUGAAGACAAAAUAGUUGUAGGCAGAAAGAUAAUACGGGCUGGAGAAAAUUUAGCUCCUCCAUCACCACCGCAAAAUUUGCGCAUCCCUGAUGUGACGAAUCGUAGUGUGACUCUUGACUGGGAAGUUCCAGCAAGCAACGGAGGUUCAGAGAUAACUGGCUACUGUAUUGAAAAACGUUCGGCAACAUCAACCAAAUGGACAAAGGUAAUCACCUUAGAUGCACACUGUCGCCAAUACACAGUGGAUAACUUGAAGGAAAAAUGCGAGUACUGGUUUAGGGUAUCAGCUGAGAAUGCGGUUGGAUUAGGUGCACCAGCCGUAACCGAGAGUGUAUCCCUCAAAACACACGCAACCGUUCCUUCACCGCCCACUGCGCCAUUGGAGGCGCGAGUACUUGCCGCCAAUGCACACAUAUUCGAAUGGGGUAUACCCGAGUCAGAUGGUGGUGCGCCACUGCUCGGCUAUCACAUUGCAAUACGUGACAUGAAGAAAACGAUGUGGAUCGAAGUGGGCCGUGUACCGGCCGGUGUGCAAAGAUUCCAGAUACGCGACCUACAAGAGAAUCAUGAAUAUAUGAUACGCAUAUUUGCAAAGAACGAGAUCGGUCUUAGUGAACCACUCGAAUCUGAGGAGCCAUAUAAGGCUAUGACAGCAGGACACUUGAGUUUGCCCGACGAACCGCGUACGGAAAUGAGUAGUUGCAAUACAUCGUCCUGGUUGCGUGAUCACAAUAUGGACGCGGAUAUUCAUUCGUAUGCUCGUGGUAAACUGCUGCGUCGAGACGAAUACUUCUUCCGCAUUUGGGCGAAAUUGCCAAAAAGCAAAAAGAAGAAAUCAUCAAAAUAAUACUAGUUUGCUAUGUGUACAAUAGAUGUUAUGUUAGGCCGCAAAUAUUGUUGUAAAAAAUCACAAAGAAAAACAAAGCUAUGAGCGAAUAGCUUCGAAACUACUAAUUUUACUAAAAUACUUAUUGAUAAUUUUCAUAUUUAUACAACGUACGUUCAUUUAAAUAUUAAUUGCAUAGUUUUGGAAGCCCUUAUUUAUUUUAUUGUUUUUUUUUUUGUGUUAAUAAUACAUUCAACGAUUUAAUCUAAUUGUAAUGUGUUGAUUAUGCAACGCCGUUUAAAGUGCGUUGCCACAUAAUAACCAUAAACCAUUUCCUUCUUCAAAUUGGUUAUUUUUCACAUAUGUACAUAGGUUUAAAAAUGCGAGCGAAGAAAAUUUUUGUAACCAACGUCGUGUGAAAAAUAACAAUGAAGGAAUGAAAUAUGGAAAAAGAUAAAUAUUGAUUACAGAAGACAUGAAAUAAUCUCAUUAAUUAAAAUUUGAAAUAUUUUAAAAAUUAAAUCUCGAAUUUCAUAAUAUGUAUAAAAUUUAGUUUUGUUUAUUAUUUAUUAAAACUGUGAUAAAUGUCAAAGAAAACAUAAAAAAAUGUCGCAAAAUUUUUGAAAUUACUACGAAAAAAAAAACAAAUGAAUUGUAAAUACAAUAAAUAAUACUUGGUGCGAUUAAGCUAUUAUUUAUUGUAUAUUCCUCUUAGAAGUUAAGGUGAAAUUAAGCAUUUCCUUUUUGGGAGACUUUUAAAUGCAAAUAUAGGUGCGAGCAUUUUAAAGGAAAUCACUUAAUUUCUCCUUCACUUCAUGACUGUAAAAAUCUCAAAUUUACUUUUUUUAUACGAACAAAAAAUGAGUCUAUGCAUAUGCAUGCAUAGUUACUAUGCGCAUUGCGAUAUGCAAAUACAUUUAUACAUAUAUGAUUGUUCUGAAUGCAUAAAUAAAAAAAAUUAAAUUUA